AUGUCGUCCUCUAGGUCCAGUAGGUCCAGCCACAGCGGCAGCACUCGCUCAAGCGGUAGCCGUUCCACCACUAGCAGUCGUCCAUCUCAGCAAUCCCUCACCCUCCUCACCCACCUCCAAACCAACCCACCAACCACUCUCUCCGCCCUCCUCCACCUCGAACGCACCAUUACCGACCCCUCCCAAAUUCCCUCCUCCGACGUCUCCCUUUUCCAAAGUCCCAUGACCUCUGCCUUUGAGAAUUACGUCGUCACCACGCAAUCCCUUCUCGUCGAACUCCGCGGAUUGACCACCAAUUACCCUUUCUCCGCGCAAAUCAUCCCACUCGCUGUCCAGUUUGUCAGGGCAGACCCGGACAGCGACAGAAGUUGGAACUUGGCUUGGUUGGUGCUUAACAAGAUUUUGAGCGAGGGAUUGGUGGAGAGUGUGAGUUGGGAAGAGGCGGGUUGGGAGGGAUAUUGGGGGAAUAGGCUGCCGAGUGAGGCUGAGAGGGGGAUGUUGGCGGGGGAGAUGGCACGGGAGUGGAAGGAGGCGGUGGAACGGUUGGUUGGGUGCUGGGGGGGGGAGGAGGCCGGAGUGGUAUUAAUCCGGCACAUGCCGAGGGUGACCGGGUUCGGAUCCGUGUCCGGGGCGGGUUCGGGUGAGGUGGGGACGGAACCGAAUCCGGAUCCGGAUCCGGAAGUAGUGUGGGGUUGGACCGGAGCGGGCCGGGCGGGGUCGGUUGUCGAUAUUCGCCAAUGA